CGGAGCGGCUAGAUAAGUUUUCGCUCUCGAUGUUUACCAAAGAAAAUCAGGCGAUAUUUAACUACACAGAGACUAGACAAGGAUCUGCACCAUCCUACACUGUAUUGACCCCCGGGAUUACACCUGUAUCGUCCGCUAAAAUCACGGCCUCUGGGAAAAUUUUAACACUGUGUGAGGUAGAAGUGUUUGGAGAUUCGGUGUGUCAACACGGACGGUUUGGUCGAGAGUGUGAACACACCUGCAACUGUGCCAACCAAUCAGAAACCUGCUUUGUCAGUACCGGCGGAUGUCCUUCUGGUUGUGCGGAAGGGUUUGUGGGUGAGAGGUGUGACGUAGCAUGUGCUGACAGAUUCUAUGGCCCUCAGUGCAAGAACAGCUGCAGUGAUUUAUGUCUGGACAACAAGUGUCAUCAUGUCAAUGGCAGCUGUCAUGCAUGUCAUGUUGGCAAGCAAGGGGACGCCUGUAACCGCAAUUGUGAUGAUUCUUUCUACGGCGUGAACUGUGCCCAGAGAUGUACUGAGGCAUGCAAGAACCGGCUGUGUGACACCAUCAGUGGACACUGUAGGGACUGUCCUGCGGGGAGGCAUGGGGACCUUUGUCAACAUGAAUGUGAUGAAGGUACAUACGGCGACAACUGCAGCCAAAACUGUAGCUCUAGAUGCCGACACGGACACUGUGACCACACCAACGGGACCUGUCUCAGCGGGUGCUUGUCUGGGUUUCAGGGAGACUUUUGUGACCGGGCUGUAUCCGCUGAUCCGUUCAUAAUGCUGUUAAUAUUUGGUGGCUCAAUCAGCGGCUUAAUCCUAAUCCUAACAGUAUCGUUAAUCACCUGCUGGAGGUGCAGGAGAAUGAGACAGACGAAGAAAGACAAGUCUCUACUACAGGACAUGGAACUAACUGAUCUCAAUGUCUCCAUGAGACACAAGACCAAACACGUUCGAGUGUUACCAGAAAAAUCGUCUAAAGAUUCCAGCCAAAGUGCCUUGGACCACGCUAACAGUGCCAUACAGUAUGGUGCAACAGCAAUACACAUGGACAGCUUCAACAGCUACAUGCUGACUCACAAUAAGGACUUUUUGGUCACACAAUUUGAGAACAUCCCACAGAACGUGACGGCCACGACAAAUGUUGGACUGAGCAGUGAGAACAGGGGCAAGAACUUCACGAGAAACAUCUGUGCUUACGACCACUCCCGUGUUAAACUCAAGACCAAAAAUGACAAGAAAAAAUCUGAUUACAUCAACGCUUCUUACAUACAGAGUUCAUCGAACAAAUCAAUCUACAUCGCCUCUCAAGCCCCCACCAAAACCAGCGUCAUAGAGUUUGUACGGAUGUUGUGGGAACAGAAGGUGGAGAAGGUUGUCAUGUUGGUCUCUGAGCAUCACGAAAAAUUAGAGAAGUACUGGCGUGAUGACGGGGACAUUGUGUUUGGUGACGUCAGAGUCAGGCUAGCCAGUAGCCAGGUCUUUGCUGACUUUACUGUCCGUAGGCUGGAGCUUAAUAAGAGAGAGAAGCCGCUUCACAUUGUCCUACAAUAUCACUACACCGCCUGGCCGGAUAAAGGAAUCCCGCCAUCUUUGUGGAGUCUGGUCGAUUUCCAGCAGAGAGUGACGUCAUAUCCGUCAUGUAGGCCAACCCUGGUUCACUGCAGUGGGGGCGUGGCCAACACAGGGACGUUUAUCGCCCUUGAACUGAUCCUACACGACAUUAAGUCCACUGGCUACAUGGACUUCUUCAACACAAUAUGGCGGCUACGUCAGGACCGGAUGCACAUGGUACAAACUGCGGAGCAGUACAUCUUCCUCCAUAAGGUGGUACAGGUGGCCGUGUUGUGUGCCGGUACAAAUGUCCAGACAGAAGAUGUCCAAGACAGGACAUCAAGAAUGGACAUGAGGACAUUCUCAGGACUGACCUACGCCGAGAAGGAGUUUACGGCGGUGUGUAACUGUAUCAUAGACGGCAGCAACUACCUGAAAGGCAACAGAAAAAGUCGGAUCAGCCGUUACCUGCAUCAGCUGGUGGAUGAGACAAGUUUACACGGCAGGUCUUACACCCAGGCACAAGGUAAUCAGUUUACACCCAGGCACAAGGUAAUCUGUUUACACGGCAGGCUUUACACUCAGGCACCAGGUAACCAGUUUACACCCAGGCACAAGGUAAUCAGUUUACACGGCAGGCUUUACACUCAGGCACCAGGUAACCAGUUUACACCCAGGCACAAGGUAAUCAGUUUACACGGCAGGCUUUACACUCAGGCACCAGGUAACCAGUUUACACCCAGGCACAAGGUAAUCAGUUUACACGGCAGGCUUUACACUCAGGCACCAGGGUAUAAAGUAAAUUUGUCUGGCCAAUACCGAAAAAGUGCAGAUAACAAGAGCGUGAUUCUACUUCCGAGCUUAACCAAACCAAAUCAGCAUAUGUUAACACCUUUACCUGUGGACACACCUGUGACAAACUUCUGGACGCUGGUGCUACAGCAUCGGAUCACGGUCAUCAUAGCGUUCGAACCUCGAGACUCGGACAAACAGGUGGUCAGUCACUAUCUGCCGGCCAGCAAGAACGAGGUCAUCCACUGCGACCAAAUGGACGUGGAGGCAGGAACGAUAACCACAGGUCCCUACUGGCAGGAACACAAACUGACCAUCACAUUACGUCACAAGAAAAAAACAAAGGCAUAUGACAAGUACCACGUGACCCACUACAAAUACACAGACGACAUCUUCAACCCUGAGAGUGUUCUGGCAUUCAUUGAACGCGUGAGGCUGGGUUCGGAUCAACAUGAGAAGAUCAUGUUCACUGGUCUGAGCGGAGCAGAAGAGAGCGGCCUGUUGUAUGUGCUGACCUCCUUACUGGACCGGCUGGACAACGACAACUGUAUCAACAUCCCCCUGCUGGUUGGUGCCGUCAAGUCGUGUCAUCUACAGGUCAUUCCCACGCUGGACUACUACAAAGUACUGUACAAGGUGGUCAACUUGUAUGUUGAGAGCCUGUUGUCCAGCAGUGGACAGUCGUGUCGACCAGUGAGUGCCUACAUUCAGAUGACGUCACCCGUGUGGAACUUGAGACCGCCAGAGACAGAAAAUAUUUACGCCAACACGGAACCUGUGUACAUGACUGCUGGGUGUCCUGUGGUGCGAAUUUGAGAACUGGUGAAGAACUUUUCAUGCCAUUCAGUGUUGGAUUUAUAAGAGGGCCAUCCAGUGUUGGAUUUAUAAGAGGACUACCCAAUGUUGGAUUUAUAAGAGGGCCAUCCAAUGUUUGAUUUAUAAGAGGGCCAUCCAGUGGUUGAUUUAUAAGAGGGCCAUCCAGUGUUGGAUUUAUAAGAGGGCCAUCCAGUAGUUGAUUUACAAAAGGGACAUUCAUUAUUGGAUGUGAAAGAGGACAUUUGUGGAUCGUCAUCAAACUUAUUGGCGGCCAUCCUAUGGUAGAGACAACCGGGGCCAUCCUGUGUUGCGUAUACUUGGGGCCACCCGUGUUUGUUUAAUGUGCUCGGGGCCAUUCCGUUUUACAUUUACUUGGCGCUAUCCCUUGUUGCGAGUACUCGCAUUAAGAAAUAUAUAGGAAUACAGGAGUAGCCUAGGUAGUGCACUAAACUAGGAGCUAAACUAGGAGCCAGCAGAAGUGUCACAUACCUAUGUUCCAGUUACCGUACCAUGAUGAAUACACUCUGAACUCUUCCAUUUUGAAUAGAGGGUAGCGUGUUCGAGUCGGUAAAGCUCAUGGUUGCUAAACCGAUGUCUCGAGUUCGAACCUUCGGGCAGAUGAGGCUUAAUAACUUGGGACAGCCACUCUUCUAGAAGAGACAAAUCCAAAAUCAAACAACUGCUGCCUUGUAGUUUGUUCUUGGUUGGACAAGGGCUAUGGAAGCAAAGCCAAAAAGAAAAGCAGGCUCAAAUUGGAGUCAACGGCCUUUAAGAUGCAUAGAUCAGUUGACAGGUAAUACUUAAUUGUGUUGGAGGGAAUCCCUUCCUAUACUUAAAGUAAGUACAAAGAAGAAGAAGAUUGAAUCACGACUGUCAAAUGUUCCAAUGUGUUCGUUUUUAGCAAGUUUUGUUUUCUUACAAAUUUCUGUUUUUUAAUUUUUUGAAUUAAGAAAAGUACAUUUUCAUGAGUGGCUGGACAGCACAAAAUUGCCGACUCUCAAAGUUAAACCUGUGUGCUGAAUCCUCUGGUACAAGAUACUUGUGGUAAAGAUACCCAGUCAUUAGUUGUCUCAAGACUGCAGAUAUUUUUGUUCGAUUGUAAUGUAACUGAUACAUUUAUUAUUUCAAUAUGAUGAUGAA